AUGUCUGAGGAGAAUCACCAGGACCAUCACGAUCAGCCUCAGGAUCAUUCUGGCUCAGAUGGCCAGGUUUCUGACGAGAAUCACCACAAUAACGAGGGCCAGGAGGGCCAUCAUGAAGUACAGAAUGCUGGUCAUGAACAUGAUCAUCAGUCAGAUCAGCAUAACGGUCAUACUGGUAGUGAAUCUGCUGAAAACAGUCAUGACCAGGAUCAUGAUCAUGUAGAUAAGACGGCUACUGGUGGAGAUGACGAGCAUGACAUUGAAGAGUACGGCUCGCCUAUUGUAGAACCAGUGGAUGGAAUCGUCAAGAUCGAGCCUCUUCAGAGCCCUAGACCGGUGGGAGAACCUGAUAAUGAGUUUCAUUUGACUGAUUCUCCAACUCAUAACGAGUCUGGUGAAGCUGAAGCUGCGGCUGCUGAGGGUGAAAAUGCAGAUGCUGCUGCUAAUGGUACUGGAUUCGUGACUCCAGAUGAUACUGAAGCGGUAUCUGACGAGGUUUCAAAAGGCAAAUUAGAUUCACCAGAAGCACCACCUCCUCUACCUUCUAGAUCUGCGGUGCCACCACCACUUCCCCUGAACCAACUAGAUCCAAGUAUCGCAAAUGCUCCUCCUCUUCCACCUAGAAAACGACAGCCUUUCUUUUGGCUUCGUGGCAAAUCGCAGUCCAAUGCGUCGUCUAAUGGAGUCACUUAUCCGGAAAGAACUCAUCAGGUUCAUAAAAGUAGUGCUUCGUCAUUGUCUUCGCCGGAUUACGACCUGCUACUUCAUAGACUAGAUGCCAAUAAUGAAGGAUUAAAGUCACGGGAUGCGAAAGAGAAAGAUGCUUCUGCUACAGGAAUUCUUCAGAUUCAGCAACAUUUCGCUCAAGUCAAGGAACAGGAGCUUCAAACUGCAGCUGCUACCGAUUCAGAUGGGGUUAUCGGUGGACAGGAGGCUAUCGACUGGAAGUUCUGGUCUUUGGUUGUUUCUGAUUAUGCCCAUGUAGCAAGAGCUAAUCCAACUGAGUUGGCAGCAGCCAUUGCACACGGAUUUCCUCCUCAACUACGUGGAUUAAUUUGGCAAUUAGUAGCCUCGUCCAAAUCAUCUACACUAGAAGAGGUAUACCAGUCGAUCAUUCAAGAACCCAGUCCUCAUGAAAAGGCUAUUAAACGAGAUCUUUCCCGGACCAGUUUUAUUAAGAACGCUAAUUCAGACAGCCUGUUCCGAAUCAUCAAGGCUUAUAGUUUAUUUGACCCCGAGGUCGGUUAUACACAAGGAAUGGCGUUUAUUGCAGUUCCUAUUCUUAUCAACAUGUCUGAACCAGAAGCAUUCUGUUUGCUUGUGAGAUUUAUGAAAGACUAUGGAUUCCGAACCAUGUUCCUGCCGGAAAUGCCUGGACUUCAUCUCCGACUGUACCAAUUUGACAGAAUCAUUGAAGAUACACUGCCCACGGUUCAUGUACACUUGGCUCGUCAAGGAGUCAGGUCGUCCAUGUAUGCAUCGCAGUGGUUCCUCACUCUAUUUGCAUAUAAAUUCCCAUUACAAAUUGUGCUGAGAAUCUUCGAUAUCGUUGUCACCGAGGGUAUUGAAGCGAUCCUCCGAUUUGGUGUUGCGUUGAUUAAAAAGAACGCCGCUCAUAUCCAGACCUUAGAAUUCGACUCUGUUCUGACCUUCUUGAAAGAACGGAUCUUCGAUCCCUAUGUCAUUGACCAGCCACAUCUUGGCGGUGAAGCCCAGUAUCUGGUCAACGACCUCGUCAACGAUGCGUAUGAAGUCAAGUUGUUACCGGUAACACUUCACAAGUACGAGAACGAGUACACCGAACUGCAUCGCAUCGAACGUGAGCGGAUCGAGGAAGUCGAGUCGUUACGGCAGGCAAACGGUAACCUGACUCUCCAGGUGAGACGUCUGGAAACCGGCAUGGCUGCUCUCAACCAGGAACACAUCGAAGUGGCCAACGAAAUGGUACAGGGCCGUCUUGAAAUCGCCCGACUCAAAGACGAAAACGAGCAACUGAGUGCCGACCUCGCCGACCUGAAACUGGCCACCGAAGACCAGUCUAAACUGGCCGACCGAGAACUGCGUGAAGAAGUAAGUAUCCCAACCAAAACCUGUGGCGACCACAGACUAACCUACCUCACCAGAUGGAAGCCAUCAAACAGCAAAAUGCCGAGCUGCUGGAGACCAAAGAACGACUCGAGAACCAGCUCACGAACCUGGAAAAAGAUCUUUCGGAGACCAAAAUCGAAUACGCUACGGUAA